UCAGAUGCAACUGUACUUCUAUGACCACAAGAUGUCGAUGCUAUCACAGAACACAGCCACCACAGCACUCACUGAUAAUGUAUCUUGUCUGAUGCUGCUUGAAUUAUACUGCGGGUUAUUGAUGGAGUGAUUGCGCGGGGGGGAGUGCUUAUUGAAUCCAUCUUUUGUAUUGAUGGUGCACAUGUUGCACUAUCCUGCAAAAAUCUCGUCCAGCAGUAAAGAAUCUUUUGUAUGCAUGCAGCAGGUGUUGAACUUCAGUUAGCAGUGAUUUCAUAUGCAAUGCAGAGGAUACAUAUGAACUAAAAAAAAAAAAAAAAAACAGCAUUUCCCAGUUCAUACAUAUUGUGUUUUGUGCAUCUCUAACUUAGGUGCUCACUGGCAGAUCCCACCCCGAAGACCCGCCUCGUUCAUUCAAUUGGUCUGUCACAAACCUGUUUCAUGCAACCCUCCGUCUGUCACUCAACACCACAGUCCACCUCCUCCUCCUUGCAUCAGGUUGGUUGGUGUGUGCGUGCGUGUGUAUGUAUGUAUGUGUGUGCCCACCUUGUUCCAGCGACGAGCUAUACCCGACAGCCAGCUGUUUGCAGUGAAUACAUUUACGGGCAAAAGCCGCCGGUUCGGCACGCAGUUCUUUUUUUUAAAUACCCCCCUCCUCUUUCAGGCUGUGGUAGUAGCCUUAUAUAUUUUUUCCGUCAAAAUGAGUCAGGAUGCGAUUGGGGUGCUGCCCUGCUAUCGCUAGCUAGGCGGAGAAAUUCCUUCAACCAGCCUGCUGUUUCAAUCACUGCGGGUUGACACAACAUUAGCCGAGGCGUUCGUUGAGUGAGCUAGCGGGCUAGCAAAGGCAGCUCUAGUAGCCGUUACGUCUGUUUUAGCCAACGUUAGCUAAUGUAGUUACUUAGAGAGCGGACGCAUUGCUGCGGCGUGUUUAGUGCAAUAACGGUUAUCGCUUAAUGUUAGCUUCACAGCGAGGACUACUACUUUUUUCUUAGCGUAAACUAGCUCGCUAACGUUGGAGAGACUGACACAGUUACGGGUUUGGAUGUCGCGACACUGCAGUUUUGAACCACUUUCUGGCGGAUUGUGAAGACAGAAUUGGACCACAGUGACAGCCGAAAAGAUAGAAUUGGACCACCAAGUGACAGAGGGGGUUAAUGAUACAAACCAGGUAUUAAGUGGCUAAUCUGUGGCAGUUGCAGUAUUUUUUAACACUAGCUAUAUUAAGGCAGAGCAUCUCGGAGAGGCCCCACAGUCUCCUUGACAUCCCCUCCCCUGUCCGAAUCUCCCGUGAUUUGCCGAGAACACCCGGGUGAAGUCGCAGUUGUUCUCGGCUGGGGGGACAACUUGACAGCGAGGCCCCUAGCUUUUAGUCUCCCCUCCCCUCCCCCAGUCCCGUUUCAUCCAUCCGUCCGAGCCCGACAGACCACCUCCUCCUCCUCGCCCCGAGAUCGAAGCGAGGACCGGGGGAUUCGGGGAUAAGCUGAAACCUGUGGGCAAGUGUUUUGUCGGGUCCCGUCUAAAACCGGGCUGCCAAAACCAGAGGGGAUGACUCUGGAGUCCAUGAUGGCUUGCUGCCUGAGCGAAGAGGCGAAGGAGUCGAAACGAAUCAAUGCAGAAAUUGACAAACAACUCCGCCGAGACAAGCGAGACUCCAGGAGAGAGCUGAAAUUACUUCUUCUCGGUACGGGAGAAAGUGGCAAGAGCACCUUCAUCAAGCAGAUGAGGAUCAUCCAUGGAGCCGGAUACUCAGACGAAGAUAAGAGAGGCUUCAUCCGGCUCGUUUACCAAAACGUCUUCACCUCCAUGCAGGCCAUGAUUCGCGCCACUGAGACCCUCAAGAUCCCCUACAAAUAUGAACAGAAUCGGUCUAAUGCCAUGCUCGUGAAGGAGGUGGACAUUGAGAAGAUCAGUGGGUUUGACCAGCCCUACAUCACAGCUAUCAAAAGCCUGUGGGCCGACCCGGGGAUCCAGGAGGCCUACGACCGCCGCAGAGAGUACCAGCUGUCUGAUUCCACUAAAUAUUACCUUAGCGAUAUAGACCGUGUGACUGCGGAGGGAUACGUUCCCACCCAGCAGGAUGUGCUGAGGGUCCGUGUUCCCACAACGGGUAUAAUAGAGUACCCAUUUGACCUGGAGAACGUCAUUUUCAGGAUGGUGGAUGUGGGGGGUCAGAGGUCAGAGAGGAGGAAGUGGAUUCACUGCUUUGAGAACGUCACCUCCAUUAUGUUUCUCGUGGCGCUGAGUGAGUACGACCAGGUCCUUGUGGAGUCAGACAACGAGAACCGCAUGGAGGAGAGUAAAGCUCUAUUCAGGACUAUCAUUACCUACCCAUGGUUUCAAAACUCCUCCGUCAUCCUCUUCCUCAACAAGAAGGACCUGCUAGAGGAGAAGAUCGCCUACUCACACUUGGUGGACUACUUCCCUGAGUUCGAUGGUCCCCAGAGAGAUGCACAGGCGGCACGGGAGUUCAUCCUCAAGAUGUUUGUGGACUUAAACCCAGACAGUGACAAGAUCAUCUACUCUCACUUCACUUGUGCCACGGACACUGAGAACAUCCGCUUUGUGUUUGCAGCUGUCAAAGACACCAUCCUACAGCUCAAUCUCAAAGAGUACAACCUGGUGUGAGGGCUCACGUACAACGCACAUCUCCUCUCCCCAUUGCACAAAUGCACACCUCUCUUUGGGAGUGUGCGAUCAGCUCCACAUGCAUCACACAGCACACCAUGCUGGCUCUCUCUCUCUCACACACACACACACACACACACACACACACACACAAACACACACAGACAGACACACACACACAAACAGAACCCUUCCUUUCUUUUUCUUUUAUUUUUUUUUCCCCGAGUACAGUACAUUCACAGAUCCUCCCACCUGCAAAUGCCGCCCCUGCUCUUUCACCAAAGCUCGCCCUCUUCUUCCUUUCGCUCGGCAGCUUGUUGUGUCAGAAUCCUCGCUCCUCCCAAAGCCGCUCCGUGUGUCAGAUUUGGCCCCGGCUGCUGGCUCUGGCACAUUUCAUCUGGCACACAAACCUUUUCACACGGGCUGUACAGUGACUGAAGGGGAUUUUGGUGUGUGUGUGUGUGUGUGUGUGUGUGUGUGGGGCAUGUGGGUGUGUGUGCGUGUAUGUACUGUAUGGGGCAGCAUUAACUAGCAAGGAGCUGUGUUUUGGUGAACAGCAGCAUCAAACCCCUUUGGCCUCUCCAGAGUUGACCCUCAGCGGUGCGAGAUCAGAUCCUCUGUCGUCUCCUUUGCUGAACUCCUCCCGGCGUGGAAGGAAGCGAAAACUGUAUCUCCUGGAAACACCAGAGGACCGGCAGCUCAGCGCUGAAGGAGAGAGAGAUGUCAGAGCGACUCGGACAGGAUGUGAGGUUGCACACAGGACGCGGGGGGGGGGGAUGGGGCUGAGGAUUCUGUCUCCACCUCGCAUCUAUGAAUGUACCCACCAGUGUGAGCAUCGCAAUCGCAAAAAAUAGAAAUAUAUAUACUAUGGAGUAAAUGCAUAUGUAAACACACUUAAGACAAAAAGCACGAGAGGGCAAGACAUAGCUAAUCAAAAUCCGUUUCAUUGCUGAGAUUUUUUAAAUGUUUUUAAUGAUAGAAAUUUGUUGCUACGUCUACUUCUAUUUAACAGAUAAUGGCUAAAUGGAAUGGUGAUUAAGAAAUGGUAAGAAAAUCUAUAAAAAAACUAACUUUUAAACAAAGAAAUCUUAAAAAAGAAGCAACCAGAAAUUUACUUGACAUAAGUAUCCUUUAAAGAUUUCUGUAUUUUUAUGUUUAAGUUAAUCACAUCGCUUCCCUCCUCCAGAUGUUUUCUGAAUGGAUUCACAGGGACAAUCUUCCAUGUGACCCUCACAGUAUCUCGCUCUGCUGAUUAACGCUUCCCUCCCCCACCCCGACACCCUUAUUACAAAACACCAGUAAGCAGGGGUGAGAGGACCCUGCUUUCUACACUGGCUCUGCUCUUAUUGGUGGAAGCAGAUGUGGAGGGGAGUGUGAUGUCAUCAGUGUUUUUGUUUUUUUUUAUUUUUUUUUUAUCAGCCCACAGAGCACAUCUGCAGCUCGGGCCGCAAGUAGCUUAUUUGACAAAAUAAAAGCUUGUACAUUAACAUUAAACACGCCCUCCCCUCCUAGGGGGUGUGUGUGUGUGUGUGUCGAGUAGAAUCCGCGCGGUAACAUCUCUGAUGGCAUCACACCUUGCGUCACUCAGCCGUCCAAUCAGACACACUUCCUGAUGGUGACAUAGUCAUCCGUUAUAUAUCAGGGUGUGCCUCUGUUUACUUUUUUUUUUUUUUUUUUAAACUGUAUAGUCACUUUGUCUAUAAAAAGAUUGCUUGCUGUUGAGUGGUGAGAGGAAGGGUGGGAAGGGGAGGGGGGCCUAUAAACCUUUCACAGAAAACAUGCACUCAGAAGUCUGCUAACGUUGUUUGUGUAUAUUUGUUUGUAAAUACAUAUACACAAAACACUCCUGUACAAAAUGCUCUGUGGUACACCAUCUUUGGCAAAAAAAAAAAAAAAACAACAAAAAAAACCAAAACAAACAACAAAAAAAACACUAUCAACUUCUUUCGUUAGCAUACAGUUUUUCCUAUGAAUUUAUGGUAGUAUUGAUACUGUGAUUAUGGAUUUUGUUCACUUGAUUAAUAGGACUACGCAGAGCUGAGUGGUGCUAAGGAAAACGAUUGGCAAGGAGCAAUAGUCAGAGAAAAGAGGUUCCUCCCAACCAGCCUCACAACUCCACACUACUGCAACAGCUCUGGCUCCAGAGUAAUAACUAACUAGGGCUGGUUAAAAAAAAAAAAACUUCACAGUAUGGUGACAAGAUGAUUUUAAGAGUAAUUAAAGAUUUUUUUUAAUUUAUCUAAUUUAUGGACCAGGUUUGAAGGUGUUGAUAAUUUGACUGCUUUUGAUUCUGUCAUGUUGAAGUGCUCCUUUUCUCACGGUGGAGCCUACUUGAGUCUGAACUGCUGUAAAAAAACAAAAAAACAAAACAAAACAAAAAAAAAAAACGAAUGUCUGGUAUAGUAAGGACUUUAUCUCUGCUUUCUAUUUCUUAUUGAGAAAUUUCCAGUUGUACUUGCCAUCACAUCUCCAUCCAUUUAUAAUACUGUUUGGUUUCUUUAGGAGCCCUCACAUUUGUUUUGUUUUAAUUUCUAAAAAACAACACAAAAAAACAAACAAACAAGAAACUUGUAUUUCUUCUCGGUUUAUAGACGCAGCGCUGUAAUGCAUACCUAGACAAAUGUACAGUAUGAACGUAGGUGGACUUUUUUAUCAGUGGUUGAAGACCUAUGCGGUCCAUGCUUGCUAUUUGUAAUUUAACACGAAAAAAAAAAUUCUGUUGUCGGUUUUUUGCAUCGUUAAUUUCCCGUUUUUUGAGGCUUGCUUUGAUUAGUGCCAGUGAAGUGCAGAUACUUUUUUGGUCUUUGACCUUUUCUACAGGUGACUUAUCCUUCAUCUUCAUUAAGGGCUAUCACAGUGCAUCAGGCAUCAGACAGUGGGGAGUGGAAGUACAGGACCACAGUGAACCAAGUCAUCCACUACUAAUCCUUGUUUAUAAAUGGAGAUUACUCACAGUAUGUACUAUAAGAAGUAUAGGCAGGGUGUUAAUGCAAACAUAAGGUGUGCGUAGAGAGUUUACCAACACUAAGCAGUUUUCUUUAUGUAUUUCUUUAUGUAUCUGGCCCUUCGGUGAGUUAGGUGGACCUGGUAUCUGGCUCUCUGACCUUCACUACUUAAUUUUAAUUUGCAUCAGUAUCACAGUGUUUACCUGUUACAGCUCAGUCCAGUGUAGAAACACUUAUCACUAAAGACACUACUACCAGGACAAGUAUUGCAUGUUUCCCCAGGUAUUUUGAGUUGUAACUGAUAGCCAAGAAAUCUUAAAGACCACACUGGUGGGUUUGCAUGAUUUAACCCAUUAACUACAAAUCUUACACUGUAUUCUUCUAAGCUUUCACUUUAUAGAUUGAUUUCCUUCCUUUCAGGCAGCUGCUGGUUUCUGUUAAUGCCAGCUUGCAGAGUGUUGAAAUGUGGUUGUGAGAGACAUUUAGUCUCCUUUUUCCUUUCUCCUUUUUCUUUUGACACACUUGCAGUGGUAAUGCAGUGAGCAGGGCUACUUCAAAUCUCCCUUGUGGAUGCUUUCAAAAGAAGCUCUGAUGCCAGAGUUGUGAUAAUUGGUUGCCAUAAACGUAUUCAAACACUGCAUGGGUCACAAAUUUUGCUGUUUGGUAGCUGCUUCUUAAAUCCCAAUUUCAUUUAUUUAUUGUUUUCAGACAAGCAUGAGCGCAUUAAGUACCAAUCUGACUAAGUAGGGAUGCACCAAUCCAACUCUUCUGAUACCUCAACUCAGAGUAUCUGCUGAUACCCAGUACAAUGCCAGUGCUCUUUUUCCCCAAAACUAAGAUCUAUAUACCUCAGUUUGUGGAGCUUUAUUGGAAUCAUUUUUAAAUAACAUGAGAGCAGGGACUGUUGUGGCAUUAAAGACAGAGUCAGAAUCAUGUUGUAACUGAUUGAGGAAAUGCUAAUCCAGCAUAUUUGGUUGGUGCACCCUUACAGCUGAGAUUAGUUUUCACCUAGUCCAUCUUAACUGCAUUACCCUGCAAUUUACAGAAAAAUGUAUAUGACUAAAUGUUCUCUGUAAGUCAGCUGUCAACCAGUUUCAUGUCACUCCAGUUGAUUUUCAACUGCAAGGCUGGUGAAAAGAUAGGGAGUCAAUCUAAAAACAGUGAGCAGCCUACUAUCGAAGUUAAUGGAGCUAAAUGUUUGGGGGGUUUUUUAAUGCCAGUGUGGUCCUUAACUGCCAUUUUGUCUGCUAAAAAAUGACACUAACCUUGUAUGGAGGAAGCAGACAGCCAAGUGUCAGACAGCUGUCACAAAGAGGGUCUGGAUGCCAGUAUUUAAAUGGAAUUAUACCCAAGUAUUUAUCAGUAUGUAGUUAAGAUUUACUGUGUGUUGAGUACAGCUCACUUUAAUAGUGACAAACCAAUGUUGUGUUUUUUAAACUUGACACUCUGGCACAUGGCGAAGGGCUGACUGGCUUUUAGCGUGGGUGUGUUAGUUUGUUAGCAGCCCGUCGUUGCGCUGUGUUUUCGACACAUUCUAUCUUGACACUUAAAUCUCCUUCUCAUCCUUUUUCCGUUUUGAGCAUUAACCGGUGAAAAGACUGGACUGGUUUUUCACUAUAACACUCUAUUAUUUAUUGCCUUUCAUUGCCUUGAAUGACGACAGAUGGUGUCGCCGGCGCGUUCCGGUUUCAGAACGCGUUCUGUGACUUCUUGGUAGCCGGGUGGGAGGGGCUGUGCGGGUUCCCUUCCUGUGGGCUUGUUGGAAUAAAUGGAAUCAAACCCAUCUUUCGGACAUCAGUAUGGAGUCAGUGCAUAUUCAAAAAACUUAAGCUUGUUCUCCCUUUUUUUGUUGUUGUUGUGUUUUUCAUUUUCUCUCUGUGUAUGAUAAGAAGACAUUACCAGAACAUUAUUAUUUAGGACCACUUGAUUUAUUUUUCCUCACUCCAAUGAAACCUGAAGGUCAAUUGUGUAGUGGUGUAUAAAAUGCUGUUUUUAUUUUCUCUUUAUUUUGUAUGUAAACCAAAUGUAAAUGAUGUAUUAUACUGAGUGUGCCAACCCCACUCGAUCUAGAGCCAGGCUCUCUCUAAGUGCCAACGCUGUGGUCAUCAUCAAAAGGACCACCACCACCACGAGACGGUCCCCCUUUUUAAAUAAAACACACCAGAGACUAAAAGGAUAGAUGAUUAAGUACACACAAAGACUUUAUUCUGUAUUUAAGAUUGAAGAUUUAAAAGAUAAUCUGCUGUUUUUUUUAAGAAACUGUAAUUAUAAUUGCAUGUGCUGUUUAUUUUGUGUUGGAAGUGAGGGCUUGGAUGUUUUCAUUGAAGCAGAGCCCUUUGAUGAAGGGGGUUCAAUCAGUUGGUUAUUAUCGAUUAUUGAUUUACAUAACUUUGCCAUAUUUUUUUUAUGUGUUUCAUGUAUUUGUUUCAACCACUGUUGCCUGAUCCUCAUUCAAACAUGAACAUGACUUAUGAUCAUCGCCGCCUUCUAAGAGAGAAACAUAAUGACAAGGUAUCUGUUUUAAAUUGAAAUAAAUUUGUUCCUAUA